CUGCGGGUGACGCACUGAGGCCCGCCCCACGCGGACGCUGACUCGGCCUGGUUGGGCAAGGCCAGCGUUGCCCCAGGGUGGCUUACUCAUCGGGGCUCAGGUAAGAGGGCCCGGGCUGGAGGGUGGCACACCCAGGGGGACGCGGAGCGAGCAGGACGCGCGCAGCCAUGGAUGCUCCCAGGAGAGGGGGUUCGCGGACGGCGGCGUGGGGCGCCCAGGGGCUGCUGCUGCUGCUGCUGCUCUGCGAAGGCGCGCGCGCCCUGGAGUGCUACAGCUGCGUGCAGAGGGCGGACGACGGGUGCGCCGCGCACAAGAUGAGGACCGUCCGGUGCGGCCCGGGCGUGGCCGUGUGCACCGAGGCCGUGGGCGCGGUGGAGACCACCCACGGGCAGUUCUCCGUGGCCGUGCGGGGCUGCGGCUCCGGGAUCCCCGGCAAGAACGACCGCGGCCUGGACCUGCACGGGCUCCUGGCCUUCAUCCAGCUGCAGCAGUGCAGCGGGGACCGCUGCAACGCCAAGCUCAACCUCACGUCGCGGGGCCUCAACCCUGCAGGCAAUGAGAGCGCCAACGAGCCCAACGGCGCCGAGUGCUACAGCUGCCUGGGGCUGAGCCGCGAGCAGUGCCGCGGCACCACGCCGCCCGUCGUGAGCUGCUACAACGCCAGCGGCCGCGUCUACCGGGGCUGCUUCGACGGCAACGUCACCCUGACGGCAGCCAACGUGACCGUGUCCUUGCCCGUCCGAGGCUGCGUCCAGGAUGAGGCCUGCACCCGGGACGGCGUGACAGGCCCCGGGUUCACCCUCAGCGGCUCGUGCUGCCAGGGGCCGCGCUGUAACUCCGACCUCCGCAACAAGACCUAUUUCUCCUCUCGGAUCCCACCCCUGGUCCUGCUGCCGCCGCCCAGCACGGCAGCCCCGGCCACUGGGGCGCGGGCCUCCUCCAACGCGACCUCCACAGAGGCCCCGGCCCCGGCCCCGGCCGCCUCCACACCCGCCUCCACGGCCGCCUCCACGGCCGCCACCAGGCCCGGCCACGCUUCUGCCCCGGAGGAGGAGUCGCGGCCGGCCGCGGGCGCCGCGGGCCACCAGGACCGCAGCAACGCGGGGAGGCCCCCCGCGAAGGCCGGGCCCCCGGCGGCCCACGCGGCCCCGGGCCCCGGCCUGUCGGCCCUCCUGCUGACCGUGGCCGCGGGCGCGCUGCUGUGA